AAAAUCGAAAUCCCUAGAGAGCAGAAGAAAAGGCGAAGAAGAAGAAGAAGGAAAAUGGCGAAUAUUGUCUUCCUCGCUCUACAAUGUUUCGAAUGCUCAACUAUGCAGGUGAAGCAGAAGAAGAAAAGCAGCAACAAGUGGGUUUGUGUGAUUUGCAAUCAGAAGCAAUCGGUAAGGAAAGUGUUUGCUCAGGGUUACAAGGCUAAGGAGCUUCGUUUCUUCGUCCAGUCCUUUAAUAUGUCUCGUAAAGCUGCCGAUGAAGAGGCACUGGCCGUAGCAGAUAAGUAUUUGGAAGAAGACGUCGAAGGAGAAGAGGUUUCAGAUAUUCGUGGAAAGAAGCGAUCUGAUUGGACUGAGUAUCUCGAUUCCGGUUCACCUAUUGAUCGCCGGAGAUUACCUGGAGAAGACGACGGCGAAGAAGAUCUGAAAAUUGUGACUGAGAUGCCGAACAACAUGUUUAAAAGGGCCAAGCUAAGCAAACACUCUAGUGCUGGUGGAUCAUCAUCAUCAGUUACAGGAGGCGGAGGAGAAGACAGACGGGAAUGCUUCAAGCCUUCCUUCUCCAGACGAAGCAUCAAAAAGACAGAUUUUCGUCCAGAUGAACUGAUGACGAGGAAGAAGGAUAUAGAACAGAGAAAUCUAGAGCCAGCAAGAGUUUCUAAGCCUGCUUCGAAAUGGGACGCUUACUUGAUUGAUGAUGAAGGAGAACAUCCAACAGCACCACAAUUUAGUGGAAGAGAAGCCUUGAAGGAUGAUGAUGUAGGAGAAUGGGACAGAGCAAUUAUGGAUAUAAGUUCGCAAUAUCAGAUAGUAGAUGACGAGGUCCAUCCAGAUUUCAUGUAAUCAAAGAUAGCCAUUUUCUAAUAAUC